CAGCUGUGCCGUUAAAUGUCCGUCGCUUGGCAAGCGAAAAAAAUAAAAAUAAAAAUAAAAUAAAAUAUUUUGGGGUUUAUAUUAUGGAUAAGAAUGCUACGCGAUACAAUGUACAACUAUAUAUUUAUGAUCUAUCGAGAGGGAUGGCUCGCAGCCUCAGCCCCAUCAUGUUAGGAAAGCAACUGGAUGGUAUAUGGCACACAGCCAUAGUGGCAUUCGGUGAUGAGUUCUUCUUUGGAGGGGAGGGGAUCUCCAGCUGUUCGCCGGGUGGGACGAUGUUGGGCCCUCCAGACACAGUGGUAGAGCUGGGCGAGACAGAAGUGUCUGAGGAGAUCUUCAUGGAUUACCUCUCUUCCCUGGGGGAAAGCACAUACAGAGGUGACAGGUAUCGUCUGUUUGAGCACAACUGCAACACCUUCACUAACGAGGUGGCUCAGUUCCUGACGGGCAACUCCAUCCCGUCCUACAUCACCGACCUUCCAUCGGAAGUCCUCUCCACACCGUUUGGCCAAAUACUGCGGCCGAUUCUGGACUCCAUCCACAUCGCCCCUUCAGGAGGUAACGUCAUCAACGGCGGAAGAAACAUGUAAUCUGAGAGAGCAGCAGAGUUACCAAGUGCUCAAGAAGUCACUUUUAUUGUAGUCAGACAGUCAAACAGUCUAAUUGUCUUUUUUUAUUUCUUCUUUCUUUCUUUAAAUAAGCUACACACUAGCAUUCAAGCUAAGAGCCAUUUUGUAAGCUAUAACUGAUAAUUGACCAUUGAAUCCUUAAAAUAAUCAUCUACAUAUAAUUUCAUCCUUAAAACCUAGUUGGUUCAUGAAUACUACUUACUCUACUAACUCAGAGCCCUCUUCAUGAAGUUUGACGGUUCAGCGGGCAUCAAAUUCAAUACACCGCAAAGGACUUAGUAAACUAACAUUUUGGGGUUUAUCAGCAUAGCCGUAUAUCAAAAGAGUCAAUAUUCAACCCUAAGAACUGAUCUUGAUCAAUGUUGCCUCCUUACAAACAAACCUAUGGAAAGUCCAAUGUCCAUCAAGCUUUUUCAGAAGUGAAAUGUAACUAAGAUUAUUUAGAUUUGUGGCACUGCAACGUGAUUAACCAUUUACAUUAGGGCUGCCAGGAUAUCAGAUUUUCACCCCAUGAUUAUUGAGGCCAAGAUUAUUCAGCUAAAGAUAUUAUCCUGUUAUCUUUAGAACAUCUGUAAAAAAAAAAUAUAUAAUAAUAAUGCCAGAGAUCAAAUUAAUCUUUAACUGUCUAUUGUGCAUUUUGUCUUCUUUUUGGCAAAUUAAUUAUUCUCAAAAUACGAGUUUACGAGGUGGAGAGCGAGUCUGUAAUCAUAAUUGUAUAUAUAAAAUGAUUUAAGAGGUGCUGGAUUAUUUACACAAUAUCAUAUUAACAGAUUUACAUUUUGCAAGACUUUUUACUUUUACUUUACAACAUAAACAUAUGGCUGUUUUUACUCCACUGCUGUAUCUGAUGGCUGUAAUUAAAUUACAUUUGCAACAUAAAAAUACCUCUUGCACAUUAGUGCAUCCAGCUUAUUUAGUGCUUUAGCUCUUGUACUUAGGCACAAUCCCUUUUUGUUUUGCAAUGUUUAUUUAAUAUAGAAUUUAUCUCUUCUGUUUAAUUAUUUAAAAAGGAAUUUAGUUUAUUUUGAUGUUAUAACCAAUAUAUCAGGUUUCACAAAUGGUUUCUGCAGUGAAAUUUAUCUGCUGUUGACUACAAUUGAAUUAAUCUGAGUGUGCACUUUUAGAUAUAUAGAUAAGUUUAAUAUAUUCAAUUCUAUGGAUGCCGGUUGAUGAAAAACAAGAGCAAGAUGUUUGGAGAGUAUUUUAAUGUCAAUCAUUUUUUUAUUUUGCACUUAAAUGUUUUUUUUUGUUAUUUGCUAGCUUGUAGUUAAAUUCCAAUCAUUGAUCCUUUUAUACCUGUUAUAUUUGUCUAAACUGUUUCUGUUGAAUUCAACUCUACCUGACAUUAUCAUUUUAUUUGUCACGUCAUUUGUAAUAUGACAGAGCAGCUGAUUGAUGCCUAACCCUCACAGAGGUUAUAAGAUUAGAGGUUAUAUAAAAAUGUGUUGUGUGCAUAUCUCUAUAGCAGGACUGGGAUCAGUUCAUUGUAAAUUCAGUUAUUUCUAUGUAUAUGAAAGUAAACUCGGUUGACAAUGGUCGGCUACAAAAGUCUACAUUUCCUAAACAAUCCUGGUUUAAAGGUUUUUAAACAGUUAAACAGUUUUUUUUUUGUCAGAAAAAAACCAAGAACGUAUUUACAUCUCAUCUCUGUGAUAUAACUGAAAGUGAACUGCACCACAGCCCUGUUAUAUGACAUAAGUCUUGCCUCUUGGCCUGUAUCACCAGCUCCAUGGGAGAUGCUGAUCAUACAUUUUUUUUUGUGGAUAAUUCUAAACAACUGCUCAUCCACAUAUUUUUGUAAUGACCAUAAUCAGGGCAAUGUCCUGUGCUAUCAACUUAAUAACAACCUACUUGAGUCCUUUAACAGCCACCAGAGUGUGUUGGACAUACAAUACACCUCUGUGCCUUCAUUUCCCUGCUUGGCUACAGUCACACUGUUGGGAGUUGGCAUUGUUAUCAUAUAGCACAGAUGGUAACUCCCUGUGCAGUCUGCAUUCAAAGCUGCUAGUUAGUUUAUUGUGAGACGGUCCAAAUUAUUAAUAGUCUUACACAAACGAGGUGAAACUGGUAAGAAGCAGUAAGGAACCCUCAACUAAACUCUGUAAGAAUCUGUAGUUAACAUAAGCAGUACAAAAUAUUCCAGAUUAAACAUCUGGAUCCAGUAACACUCACAGCCUAUAAUCUCAGUGCAUUAUACACUGCACUCCGCCAUCAGAAAGAACACACACUCUGUCUAGUUUUAAGAUAAUGCAUAUAUUACAUGUUUUCAGGUUGAUCUGAUUAUGACAGUGUUACAUACAUGAACCAUAUUGAACCUCACGAGCCUGAACUGAACGAAGGAUCAAAGAAGCACAGAAAAAUUAGGAAAUCUCAAAGAAUGACUAAACCAGCAUUAACUUUCAUUGUGUUCUCCUGCAAUAAAUACACCUCACAUACAUUUUACCUUCCAAGCAGUCACCAUCACAUAUCUCACUAGCACCUGCACAUACAUAUUGGAUGUGCAAGCUAUUUAAAACUUUAUUUUCAAACCCAAUAUUUUUAAGUAUUUGGCUAUUUUAGGUUUGUUACCCCUUUAAAUGGCUACAAGGCUCAGGUGAAUCUGGGUUCUGUUAUUUUUGCCUUCUGCUUACCAACUAAGUGACAUGCUAAACAGGACCAGUGAAAUGUAUUACUGCACAAGUCACCCUUUGUUGCUCUGAUACUGUAUGUGUUUAUGCUGGCUGCUACCUGUUAUGUGAAAUGCAACAGAUAGUGAUGGAUAUUAUUUCAUGUUUAAGUAAUCUAACUAUAGUAGAUAUGUUUAUGCAUAUUGUUUGUAUUGUUUGUGUAAUAGUUUUUUGAAAAUCUACCUACAUAUAAAGCCAUUGACUGC